CUUUUCUUCAGAGGAUGAGUCAGGUCAACACAGGGGCCCCCAUGUAGUCGACAGAAGCGGUGGUCCUGAGAUCUGCCAAGCAUCCAGGUUCUCAGGUGACAGGCCGACAAGGAGGACUGGAGGCUCUGGGGCAGCACUAAAGGAGAAGAUAUAGGAAAGGCCAAGAACGGACAUACUGAUAAAGGGCCAUCUACAAGCCAGGAAUAAUGCCAUCACCAGAAGCCAACCCUGCCAGUCUAUGAUCUGGGACUUCCAAACUUCAAAAGUGUGAAAAAAAAAAAUUUCUAUUGUUUCAGCUACUCAGUCUAUGGCAUUAUGUUAUGGCAGCCUGAGCUAAGACAUAACCUCAGGUAACACAAUAUUUUUUUUUGUUUUGUCCUAGAAAAAAAAAAUGUAAUCUUGGCAUUUAAAGUCUGUGGUUCACUUUGAGUUAUAUUUUUGUAUGGUGCAAGAUAUAUGCAAUGGCUAGAAUUAUGUGUCAACCUGUCUAGGCUAUAGUGCUCAGCUGUGUGGUCAAUCAGCAGUCUACAUGUUGCUGUGAAGGUAUUUUGUAGAUGUGAUCAACAUUUACAAUCAGUUGACUUUAAGUAAAGCAGUAUAACUUCCAUAAUGUGGAUGGGCCUCAUCCAAUUAGUUGAAGGUGUUAAGAGAAAAUAUCAAGCUUUCCGGGAAAAGGAAUUCUACCACAAGACUAACAUAAAAAUGCUGUGUGAGUUUCUAGCCUGCUGGCCUGCCUUCGCUGUCCUGGAGGAGGCAUGGGGAGACCAGGUGGACUGGAGUAGAUUGUUGAGAGAUGCUGGUGUGGUGAAGAUGUCCAGGAAACCACGAGCCUCCAGCCCAUUGUCCAAAAACCACCCGCCAACACCAAAGAGGCGAGGAAGGGGAAAGCAUCCUCUCAACCCCGGCCCAGAAGCCCUAUCAAAGUUCCCAAGACAACGCGGAAGGGAAAAGGGACCCGCCAAGGAAGUUCCAGGAACAAAAGUCUCUCCCUGAAAGACCACCAUUUCAAAAAACCCUGAGGAAUGGAGUGGGCCAACACUAUCCAGCCACUCUGACCAGCCAAAUGAGGAACUCAAUCAAAAUGAGCCACAGCAGGACCACAAGGACAUGGAGACUUCCACCGUCUCCAGCAACUCCUUGGGCAACCAGUAAUUCCUGGGCAAGGCCAGAGACCUCAAGUCUAUCUGUAAAGUCUCCAGAGGUCUAACCCCAAAUAAGUAGCCAAC